UAUUUUAUGGCUAGGAAGCAAUCAAUUUGGCAGACCUUAAAAACGACUUGCACCAUUUUUCACUUUUCACCUUUUUACAUUUUCGCAUUCAAUUUUAAUUAGUGCGUAUCUUGCGUAUAAGAAUACAAGUGAAGUGCGUUUUCCAGUUUGUUCCAAGACCAUCUAUAGAGUUUGUUUGGUGAAACUUUAAACCCAACUUAUUGAUGGAGAUGGAUACGAGUUGUUUGCAAGCUGUGAUCAUUUUUUAGUCCUGCCGAAUCUGAGUUGUUUUGCAAGACUUGAACGUUUGAGGCUGCUUUCUCGGAGAACUGGUCCAAUAGAAAGCCACAAUGCCUCCAUCGUCGGGAGAGCUAUGGGGCUACAGUUUUAUGCCAGAUAGCAGUACUGUCUACUGCUUGAUGCCAACUGGCAUCCUGAUCCCACUUGUAGCUCGACGAGACAAGCCUCUCUUCAAGCUGAAAGAUGACCUGUGGAAGCUGGCCAAGAACGCCCAAGAGUACCCGUUUGGGCACAUGCUAGGCGAGCCGAGCCAGUACAUCUUCCAGGGCAUCACCCAGGACGGCGCGCACGAGGACUUUUACGAUGAGACGCGGCGUUUUUGUGACCUGCGGCUGCUCGAGCCGUACCUGCAGGUUCGCGAGCCGCACGGUAACAAGGACGAAGAGAUGUUCAACCAGUCGCUCAGUGCUAUCGGCGUCCAGGUGCGCAAACUGGACGAGAUGCGUGACCCGGAAGUGGUCGACUUUCGCGUCAGCAUGCUGAGGAUCUGCAAGAAGGCCAUCGACUUCCGAGAGCUGAAUCCCAACGCCCGGCUGCAGUUUAUGCAUCCGGCCGACCUGGACAGCUCGCCGCAGCUGGCGCCCAACCUGCACGAGAAAAUCGCCAAAAGCCGCGAGAUGACCGUCAGUGUGUCGGGCAUGGACAACCCCACACUGGAUAUCACCAUCACCAAAGACGAGUAUAACAACCUGUACCCGGAGGGACUCAUUGUUAAGGUGUGGCAGCGCACCUACAACCAGGUGUACCGAAUGACGGAUACCAAGAGCCUCCACUCUGCGCAACAGCAGCGCGACAAAUACCUGCUCAAGGUGGCCGGAAAGGAGAUGUACUUCACCGCCAGCAAGCCGCUGUUCCAGUACAGGUACAUCCGCUCGUGUAUCGCCAAGGACAUGAAGCCCUACCUGGUGAUGCUGUCUCGUGAGGCGGUCUCUGCGGCCAUACCCGUCAGCGGCCACCUGGAGCCGAUGUACGCGCGUCGAGCGGGAGCCAGCCAGGAGGCGGGUGCGCCGCGCGACUCGAUCGACCUGUUUACCGUCAGCGAUCCGUUCAGGAUGACUGUGUGCGGCGUGCAGUAUCUGAACGUGUCCCAUGUGGACAGGUUUUACGUGAAGGUCGGCCUGUACCUGGGAGCCACGGCUCUCUGUCAGCUCGAGGAGACGCAACCGGUUAGCGGCGACCAGGUGCCGCGCUGGAACAAAACCAUCGAGUUCGAGACUCUCGUCCAGGACCUGCCGCUCUCCGGCCGACUCUGUAUGGGCGUCGUCGGCGUGUCAAAACGGAAGAAGAAGGAGGAGCACUUUCUGCUGGCCUGGGUGAACCUGGCACUGUUCGACUACCGCCGCCAGCUGCUCUCCGGGAAAAAGAAGCUCACCCUCUGGCCUGUCUCCAAGGGGGACUACCCCAACGAGAAGCUCUGUCCCCUGAAGCCAGUCGGCCCCAACCCGGUGCAGGAUCAGAACGUGGCCUGGCUGGAGGUGGAGCUGCCCUCGUAUCUGAAGCCGGUCGAGUUUCCGUCCGACCAGCGCGUGUACGAGCUGGGGGCGCUGGUUGAGGAGCGGUCACCGCCCGAACUCAAGAUCACCGGUCUGAUCUCGGAGAAGAUCCGCGAGGUGGCCGGCCGGGACCCGCUCUCCGACAUCGCCAUGCAGGACGCCGAGCUGCUGAGCUGCUACCGGCGCUACUGCUGCAGUCAGGUGCCCAACGCCCUGCCCAAGCUGCUCGACGCCGUCAAAUGGGAGUCGCGGACCGACGUGGCCAGGUUUCACCUUCUGCUGCGCGACUGGCCAUGUGUGAACGUCGAGGUGGCACUGGAGCUGCUCAGCUGUAACCACAGGGACCAGAAGGUGCGGGACUUCGCCGUCCGCUGUCUCAACGAACUGCUCACCGACGACAAACUCUCACAGUACCUGAUCCAACUGGUGCACGCGCUCCAUCACGAGCUGCACCUGGACAACGAGCUGACCAGGUUCAUCCUGGACCGGGCGCUGCGAAACAAAAACAUCGGACACUUCCUCUUCUGGCACCUGCGGACCGAGUAUCAGUCUGCUAGCACGAGUCAGCGGUUUGACCUCAUCCUUGAGGCGUUCUGCCGUGGGCUCGGCAAGGAGCACAUCAAAACGCUCAACAAGAAAGUGCAGUGCCUCGACAAGAUCUUCCGGAUAUCACAGAGUCUCAAGGACAGGAAGGAGGAUGGUCCGAAGGAGCGCCACCGUCACCUGUGUGAGCGUAUGAAGGAGACUGACUACCUGGAGAGUCUGCAGAACAUUCCGUCGCCGCUAUCACCGCAGGUGUUGCUCGGAGAGAUUCUGGUGGAUGAGUCUCGGAUCAUGGAGUCGGCUCGGCGCCCGCUGUGGCUCAUGUGGACCAACCCCGAUCAGACCGUACAGCAUAUCGACGACCAGCUCAUCAGGGCGCAGGUCGAAAAGAACGCCAUCAUCUUCAAAUAUGGAGACGACCUACGGCAGGACAUGCUGACCCUGCAGGUGAUCAAGAUCAUGGACCACACCUGGGACCAGGAGGGGCUCGACCUGCGGAUGAUGCCCUACAGCUGCCUCGCCACCGGCAGUAUGAUGGGUAUGAUCGAGGUGGUGCGUAACGCCAAGACGGUGUACCGGAUUCAGCGCGAGGCCAGCAAACUGGCCGCCAUCCAGGUGGACUCGUCGCAGCUGCACAAGUGGAUCCGUGAUCAGAACCAGGGCGCCCUGUAUGACGCCGCCGUCGACACGUUCACACGGUCGUGCGCCGGCUACUGCGUGGCCACGUUUGUGCUGGGAAUCGGAGACAGGCACCCGGAUAACAUCAUGGUCAACCACCGCGGGCAGAUCUUCCACAUAGACUUCGGCCACUUCCUGGGGCACUUCAAGAAGAAGUUCGGUAUCAGUCGCGAGCGCGUGCCAUUCGUGCUGACGGACGACUUCCUGAGGGUGAUCGCCGGCGGCGCCGACAACCCCAAGAAGAGCAAGGCCUUCCAGGCUUUCCAGGAGCUGUGCGGCAAGGCCUACCUGGCGCUGCGGAAGCACAGCCACCUCUUCAUCACCCUGUUCACCAUGAUGCUGUCCACGGGCAUCACCGAACUGCAGUGUGCUGAGGACGUCAACUACCUGCGGAAGACGCUACAAGUGGAAAGUGACGAGAAGGACGCACUCCAGUACUUCCAAAACCAGUUCAACGAGGCAUACGGCGGCGCGUGGACCACCAAGCUCGACUGGUUCUUCCACUCUGUGAAGCACAUGUAGGUGCGUCUGGACAGCGACCGCGGCGGGCUGGACUGUUGGACCGUCCGGAGCAGGCAUUUAGCAAUAUACGCGGCAGCGGAGGGGCGAACUGUGAGGUACGAGCGCCGCCAGUGGGCCUCACACGUGCCGGUGCUCGGGAGGGGCGUAUUUAUUGCGUGCGAGCACCACUCAUUGUAGUAGUCAUUUGCGCGACAGCGAGUCAUUGCCAGAGUUAUCACUCGGGUGUGGGUGAGAGUGAGCCUGUGAGUGUGUGCGAGUUAGGUGGCCGGUGAUAACUGUGGAUGGUCACUCAGAGUGAAGUUGUUUUAGACAGUGUGUGUGCGGUUGUCGCCGUUAUCUCUUUUUGCAAACCGAUACCAUGUACUGCUCUCGCCCAUGUGUGAAUAUGCCCGUGUGUAUGUAUGUCUGUGCGCAUGUGUGGUCGAGUCGCCGGUGCGUCCUUUACAGGCGCGUCUGGCGCGGCGGCAGUCGUGUUUUACCUCUGAGCCGGCGCCGCGCCAGGAGCGAGUGCGUCAUCCCUCAUCCCGCGCGUGCCACCCAGUGGUCGCCGCCUGCCUAUUUCAGUGCAAACGGGCCCCGGCGGCGGCCGGGCCGUCCAUAAUAAAUACAUUGUCGUACAGAGAAA